GGACAUUGCGCGCGCUCCCGCCGUCGCUCUAUCGGGCAUGCGCUUGACUUGUCUGCUGGUUUAGUACUGCUCCAGAUCACCUGAGCAUCAGACAAGACACCGCUCUGCUUAGAAACCUCAGACUGGGUGGACGUUUUAAGAUGAGACUGUCGGUCGCUUUUCGCUAUGCACAUCGGAGCCAAUCCAGCAUACGACGAUCACGAGCGGGUGUCAAAGUAUUAAACCCGGCGAGCAGAUUCAUACCUGAUAACAGCGCGGUUUCUUGUCUGUGGGUUCGGGAAAGUUCGACCGGCGGCACAACUGAAACGGUCGCCAGUUUUAAAAGUCAUCCACGAAAAAACGACGGACCGCUGUAUGAAAGUGCUGUUGGUGACAUUGUUCAGAGGAGCACAGAGGAGCUCCAAGUUAUCAAAGAAACCAAUCCAGGCCUCAAACCUACAUUAGCUAUCAUACAGGCUGGGGAAGAUGACGCUUUGCUGGAGGUAAAUAAGAAGAUGGCUGGAAAGAUCGGCUUGAACGUUAUGCAGAUUUGUCUUCCACGCCAGUGCAUAGAGGAAGAGGUGAUCGAGGAGAUCUUGAGACUAAAUGAGGAUCCUCGUGUUCAUGGCAUUUUUUUGCACCUUCCUCAGUCCUUCCUCUCCAAAAGUGUCCGGAAUGCCAUCAAACCACAGAAAGAUGUGGAUGGGGUCUCCGAUCUUAAUGUUGGCCGUGUGGUGUUGGGGGAUCAGAGAGGUGGCUUUGCCUCACCUGUUGCUGGAGCUGUGCUGGAGUUGCUUGCCAGGCACGAUGCCCCAUUGGCUGGCAGGAUGGCAGUCUUGGUGGGUGUUGAGGGACCUCUGAAGGCAACUCUUCAGUUUUUGCUUCAAAACAAUGGCAUGAUGGUGCAGACCUGCCAGUGGAGCUCAAAGCACUUGCAGAAACGGAUCAUGGAUUCGGAUGUGGUAGUAUUGGUAGAGACUGGCCACAAGAGCUUCCCACCCACUUGGUUAAGACCGGGGGUGGCAGUCAUCAACCUCAGCUCAGCCCUAAUGGAAGAACACCCUGACAGUUGGGAGCACAGGGCUGAAGCUGAAUCUGGUGCAAGAGUCGGCCCUCUAAGUGCUGCACUUAGAAUGCAGCAUGUAGUGAGGAGCAGCAGAAGGAGGAUACAAGCACACCAGUACCAGCCAUGGAGGCUUCACCCACUAAAACUUCAACCACUCUCACCUGUGCCUAGCGAUAUAGAGAUCUCCAGGGCACAGACUCCCAAACCCAUAUCCCGGCUGGCUCAGGAGAUUGGGCUGCUGCCAGAGGAGCUGGAGGCCUAUGGGAACACCAAAGCCAAAGUCCAUUUGUCCCUUCUCAACCGCCUCCAACAUCAGCCUAAUGGCAAAUAUGUCCUGGUAGCAGGUAUAACUCCCACUCCACUGGGUGAGGGGAAGAGUACAGUGACCAUCGGUCUUGUCCAGGCCCUCUCCGCUCAUCUUAAGCUCAACUCUUUCGCUUGCCUGCGACAGCCUUCCCAGGGCCCAACAUUUGGUGUUAAAGGAGGAGCGGCGGGUGGGGGAUAUGCACAGGUCAUUCCUAUGGAGGAGUUUAAUCUCCACCUCACAGGAGACAUCCACGCUAUAACCGCAGCCAAUAAUCUAGUGGCGGCAGCCAUCGAUGCCCGCAUUCUCCAUGAAGCUACUCAGUCAGACAAGGCCCUGUACAGCAGGCUAGUGCCAUCUAUUAAUGGUGUGAGACGCUUCUCUCCUAUACAGAUGGCUCGCCUACAGCGUCUUGGAAUAAACAAAUCUGACCCCAGUGACCUCACACCAGAAGAGGUCAAGGCAUUCGUCCGACUUGACCUUGACCCUGAGAAGGUCACAUGGCAGAGAGUUGUUGAUACCAAUGACCGAUUUCUGCGUAAGAUCACUGUUGGCCAGGCCAACACAGAAAAAGGCCAUUCUCGCCAGACCCAGUUUGAUAUCGCGGUGGCCAGUGAGAUCAUGGCUAUCCUUGCUCUGACAGAUGGACUGGCUGAUAUGCGGGCCAGGCUGGGACGAAUGGUUGUGGGCAGCAGCAGAAACGGCCAGCCGAUCACUGCAGAUGACUUGGGUGUAACCGGGGCUUUGGCAGUCCUCAUGAAAGAUGCUAUCAAACCCACACUGAUGCAGACACUGGAGGGCACUCCAGUGUUUGUGCAUGCUGGACCUUUUGCUAACAUCGCCCAUGGAAACUCCUCUGUCUUGGCAGACAAGUUGGCUCUUAAACUAGUUGGAGAAGAGGGCUAUGUUGUGACGGAGGCUGGCUUUGGUGCGGAUAUUGGCAUGGAGAAGUUCUUCAACAUUAAGUGUCGAACGUCUGGGCUGAGGCCUGAUGUUGUGGUGCUUGUAGCCACUGUACGGGCUCUGAAGAUGCAUGGAGGUGGACCAAAUGUUACAGCUGGUGUACCACUGCCUAAAGAAUAUAUCAAUGAGAAUUUGCAGCUGGUUGCAGAUGGCUGCAGUAACCUGAAGAAGCAGAUUCAGAUCGCUCAUCUCUUUGGAGUCCCUGUGGUUGUUGCUCUGAAUGUCUUCAAGACUGACACUCAAGCUGAGAUCGACCUGGUGUGUCGCAUCGCAGAGGCUUCUGGGGCUUCAGCUGCUGUGCAGUGUCAUCACUGGUCCAGAGGUGGGCGGGGCUCUGUGGAGCUGGCACAGGCUGUGAAGGAAGUUGCGUCCCAGAAAAACAGUUUCCAAUUCCUGUACAAUCUGCAGGAUUCUAUUGUAGAGAAAAUUCGGACUAUUGCACAGAAGGUUUAUGGUGCUGAUGACAUUGAGCUUUCACCUGAGGCUCAAGCUAAGAUAGACUACUACAAUCAACAGGGUUUUGGUGCUCUUCCCAUCUGCAUGGCCAAGACCCACCUGUCUCUCUCUCAUAUGCCUGAGAAAAAAGGUGUUCCCACCAAUUUUAUCCUGCCGGUCAGAGACAUCCGCGCCAGCAUCGGGGCAGGGUUUAUCUACCCUUUAGUUGGAACUAUGAGCACCAUGCCAGGCUUGCCUACGCGACCCUGUUUCUACGACAUUGACCUUGAUCCUGUGACGGAGGAGAUAAAAGGACUCUUCUGAGGACAUUCCUCCAGUCCCAUAGAUGCUUUUGACCAGUGUUCCUCUGUGUCCGUGUAGGCCUCCAUUCAUUUGCCACUGUUUACAGCUUAUCCACUGCCUCCUAUCAAUAGAACUACUAAGUGUUAGAUCAACAAACAUUCCGCCUUAUUUGUUUUGCACAGGUUUUUUGUUUUUUUUAAAACAAAGUUAAGUCUUAAAUCUUAAAUGUGUUUAUGAAUUUUGUAUUUAUCAGUAACUUCUUGUUUUUCUCAAAAUGUAAUCGAUUUUAAAUUGUUGGUUUGGAGACUUGGAGUUUGGAGUUUUACAAUUUGUUUUUCUUUCCAUAAACAUUUCUGUUUACAUUGUGUUUUAGUGUUUACAAUUUAAUGUAAUAGUUCUGUCUUGAAUGUUUCAGAUUUCCUAUGGAAUAUGCUAUGGUAUCCAUUUAUUUUCUUUUUGUUUAGGUACUGCUACCAUCUUCCUUUUGUAGUAUUAAAUCAUGUGUAACAGUUUCAGCAAAAUAUGCCAUUAAUCUGACUAAACAGCUUUUAUUUACACUACACAAAACAAAAUUACAAGUGAUGUUUGUGGUUUGACACCUGUUCACUCUCUCUCUCUCUUCCUUUGUCUGUCUCUGUGAUACAAAUGACAUAAAUGUACAAGUGUUGCAUUUGUUUUUAGAGUGUAGAUCUCACUACCUGUGAAUGCACGUUUUCAGCAUGCAUGUGGGUACAUGCCAGAAAGUCUUGUGAAAAUUUUAAGACAUUCCACUGUUAUCUGUUAUUCUGAGUCUUAAACUACAGUGUGCUACGUGAGUAAAGAAGAAUUCCAUUGACUGUUGCAAUAGUUGUGUGUGCUUGAAAACCUCCAUUCUUACAGUGAUGACAGAUUCUAAAAGGCGGUCAGAGAACAAGAUGACUGGCCAGACAAAAAUAAAACAGUAUUUCAGUGUAAUUACUGUAAAUCGAAUUGAAUUGUGAACAUUUUCAUUCAUUCAUUUUAUUUUUGUUUAUUCAUGUCCCACACUGAGGACAACUGAGGCAUUCAUAUGCAACUAUUAAAGAAGGUUCAAGAACUCACUGAUGCUUCAGAAAGAAAAACAAUGCAUUAAAAACUAAAUUUGAAGAUCAGGAUAAAUUUUACUUCUUUUGUCUUCUAAGGAACAUGUACGUAUCUUCUGUAGCUUCUGAAGGGCAGUACUACAUGAAAGAAAUAUGAUAUUUAGGCAAACUAAGAAACAAUGCACACAUCCUCAUUCCGUUCAAAAGUUUACACCCCCGGCUCUUAAUGGAGAAGUCUACUUCCAAAACAAAGAUUCACAUAUAAUGUACUCACCCCAUUGAUGUUCGUGUCUGUCUUUCUUCAGUCGUAAAGAAAUUAUGUUUUUUGAGGAAAACAUUUCAGCAUUUUUCUUCAUAUAAUGGACUGGUAUGGUGCCCCGAUUUUGAACUUUCAAAAUGCAGUUUAAAUGUGGCUUCAAACAAUCCCAAUGCGGUUGUAAACGAUCCCAGCCGAGGAAGAAGGGUCUUAUCUAGCGUAACGAUCGGUUAUUUUCAUAAAAAAAAUACAAUUUAAAUACUUUUUAUUCUCAAACUCGUCUUGCCUUGCUUUUAUUGAACUCUGUCAAGACAGUUAGGGUAUGUCAAAAAACUCCAAUCGCCCUUAACCCUUAAACACCCUUAACAAAAAAAUGGUAAAACAGCGAUAACAAACGAUUUUGAAGUUAAGGGAGAACAUGAGAUGGGAGUUUUUCGACAUACUCUAACUGUCAUGAACUGGAACGAAAAGAGUUUAGGCAGAGUGAGACAAGAUGAGCGUUUGACAUUAAAAAGUAUAUGAAUUGUAUCAUUUUCCCUCAGUUGUCCUCACUGUUAAACGAUCGAUCUCAAAAUCAUACAGGAAAGGGUUAAUAUAUACAAAAAUGCUGAAAACCCAAAGAAUUUGUGGGACCUGAAGGAUUUUUCUGAAAAACAGCAGGCAGUUUAACUGUUCAGAACAAACAAGAGACUCAUGAACAACUAUCACUUUUAAAAAAAAAAAACAGCUCUGGAUCAUUCAGGUAACAGCAUCACAGUAUUAAGAAUCAAGUGUAUGUGAACUUUUAAACAGGGUAAUUUUUGUAAAUUCCACUAUUAUUUUCUCUUCACAGUAUAUGUAAUCGUCUUUAAUGUGAAAUAUCCUAUUCAGGUCAGUACUAAAUAAAAAAUAACAUGCUUUU